CCCAUUGCUGGGGCUGGCCGACAGGUGCCUUGGAGACGCCAGGGAGAUGGAACGGCACUCGACUAGGAUGGGGGGUUGCCCGGCCAUUAAAGCUGCCACCUCCGCAGCUGCGAGGGAGGUCUCGCCUUUUAACUCCCCGGCGACCCUGGGAUUGAAAGGCUUCCGGCCGGAGGCCAUUCGAUGGGACACCCGGAAGGCGGAAGUCCCGGGGCGGAAGUGGCUGAGAGGAGAGGAGAAUGGCGGCGGAAGGCUGGACUUGGCGCUGGGGCUGGGGCCGGCGGUGCCUGGGGAGGCCUGGGCUUCCCGGCCCCGGCCCUGGCCCCGCUGCACCUCUCCUCCUCCUUCUGUUGCUGGGCCCGGUGGCCGCAGAUAUAACCGACGGCAACAGUGAACACCUCAAGCGAGAGCAUUCGCUCAUCAAGCCCUACCAAGGGGUCGGUUCCAGCUCCAUGCCCCUCUGGGACUUCCAGGGCAGCACUAUGCUCACGAGCCAGUAUGUGCGUCUGACCCCCGACGAGCGCAGCAAGGAGGGCUCCAUCUGGAACCACCAGCCUUGCUUCCUCAAGGACUGGGAGAUGCACGUGCACUUCAAGGUCCAUGGCGUCGGCAAGAAGAACCUCCAUGGCGACGGCAUCGCCUUGUGGUACACACGGGACCGCCUCGUGCCAGGGCCAGUGUUUGGAAGCAAAGACAACUUCCAUGGCCUGGCCAUCUUCCUGGACACAUACCCCAACGAUGAGACCACGGAGCGAGUGUUCCCGUACGUCUCGGUGAUGGUGAACAAUGGCUCCCUGUCCUACGACCACAGCAAGGACGGGCGCUGGACCGAGCUGGCGGGCUGCACAGCUGACUUCCGCAACCGGGACCACGAUACCUUCCUGGCUGUGCGCUACUCCCGGGGCCGGCUGACGGUGAUGACUGACCUGGAGGACAGGAAUGAGUGGAAGAAUUGCAUCGACAUCACGGGUGUGCGCCUGCCCACCGGCUACUACUUCGGGGCCUCGGCCGGCACCGGCGACCUGUCUGACAAUCAUGACAUCAUCUCCAUGAAGCUGUUCCAGCUGAUGGUGGAACACACGCCCGAUGAGGAAAACAUUGAUUGGACCAAGAUUGAGCCCAGCGUCAAUUUCCUCAAGUCACCCAAAGCCCCUCCUUUCCUCUCCCCCAGAUAACGUGGACGACCCCACGGGGAACUUCCGCAGCGGGCCCCUGACGGGGUGGCGGGUGUUCCUGCUGCUGCUGUGUGCGCUCCUGGGCAUCAUUGUCUGCGCGGUGGUGGGCGCCGUGGUGUUCCAGAAGCGGCAGGAGCGCAACAAGCGCUUCUACUGAGCGGCUGCAGCCGGGGACCCUGUCCUGGGCCCAGGAGCCAACGUGGACUUUUCUACUGGGACUGUAAAGGACAACAGGGCGACCUUAUUUCUCAACCGUGGCAAAGAAAUGAUUAAAGUAUUUUCGUACAUUUCGCUUCUUGCCCAGCAGGGACAGGCGGCAGGGCUGGGGCUGAGGCCUAGCACUGGCGACGGCGGCGUGUUCGGUCAGCGUCUCGGAGCGGGGGCUGGGCCGGGCUGGGCCGGCCGGGUCCUGGUCCUGCAGGCAGCUGGCGAACACUGGAGGGCCCCGGCCACGCGAUGGGCUCCGAGGACACGGAGCAGCCAUGCUGCUCUGUGGUGCGUGCGGCCGCCGACCAGGCCCACGCCGGGAACGCUGGGCCUUCCUGUUCAGCCCGAGCCUCUUCCCGAGGCAGACGCUUGAGCAGGGCGGGAGCAGCGGCGUGGGCGAGUGUGGCUGUUUGCUAAAUAAAGUGAGAUGACCAACCUCA